AUGGAAAGAUUUUUUAAAAGGAAAGCAUCAACACCUGAAUCGAGCUCUGCUCCUUGCGAAAUUGAUUUGAACGAUCUUCCUUGGGAUCCGGCCGAUAGGAAAAAGAUUUCGGAAUAUCAUCCUAAUCAAAGGGAUGAAAUAAGGAGAAAAUAUUUGCUUAGAGGACCUUGUCAACCACGGGGUCAUGCAUUUCCAAAGAAUUUGUCAGGAAGAUACGUAGGACAAUGUGGAAGUGAUGCUUUCGUGACAAAUGGUUUUAAUAGUUGGAAUAAAACGGAAAGACUUGGUCUUCAUGUCGGCGACAUCAAUAGUUUUCACAAUAGAGCACUUAAGAAAAGUAAAGAUCUAAUGAGCCAAGAUCGAUCUAUUGCUGUUGCCUUUCAUAAGCAAACUGAGAAGGAGAAGAAUGAGCACCGAAUACGAUUAGAUGCUUCAAUUAAGGUCUAUAGGUUCUUGUUGAAGAAUGCAUUGCCCUUUCGUGGUCACGAUGAAUCUGAAAUGUCUAUCUCUAAAGGCAUGUUUUUGAAAACAUUAGCCUUAAUUGGUGAUUGCAAUGAGGAUGUAGGAAUGGUGAUCAAUGUGGUGAAUGCUUCUUGCAAGCGUAAAGACAUGCUUCGACAAAGUUACAAAGAUAGAGUGCAAGAAGCAAUUGGUAAGUGUGAAAUUGAUACUGGAACAGGGAAAUGCCAAGAGCUUUCUCUUACACGAGCCGGAGAUACACGGUGGGGUUCUCAUUACAAAACCAUUUGGAGCUUGAUUGCUUUGUUUCCGAAUGUUGUUGAAGUGCUCCGGUAURUUGAAGAGGACGGGGAHAAUGGUUUUAGUCGCACUCAAGCAACUGCAAAUGGCAUUAAGGCUUUGAAUAUGGAAGACAGUUAUUCAAAAAACGGAAGACAAAUGACCAACAUAACCAAUUGUCAUUAUUACAAGUUUGAUAUUUUCAACACUGUUGUGGACAUGCAAAUUCAAGAGUUUGGGGAUCGAUUUAGUGAGGUAAGUACUGAAUUGCUUAAAAAUGUAGCAGCUUUGAGCCCAUGCGAUUCAUUUUCGCAAUUCAAUGUAUCAGAUUUAUUGAAGUUGAGUGAGUUGUAUCCUCAAGAUUUUAGUCAUAUGGAAAAGAUCGCUCUUGAGAAACAACUUAACAUGUACUAUUUGAUUGUGCGUCAAGAUGAAAGAUUUGCCAAUUUGAGUGGUAUUGCCGAGCUUGCUAGACUGCUAGUGGAAACAAAAAAACAUCAAACUUAUCCUCUAGUAUAUCGGUUAUUGAAGUUGGCCUUGGUUUUGCCAGUUGCUACUGCAACAGUCGAAAGAUGUUUUUCUGCUAUAAAGAUUGUGAAAUCAGAUUUGCGCAACAAAAUCGGUGAUGAAUUUUUAAAUGCUGCAAUGAUAUGUACUAUAGAAAAAAAAGCAUUUCUCGCAGUUUCAAAUGAUGAUAUAAUUACGCAAUUUCAAAAGAUGAAGAGUCGUAGGGCACAAUUAUAA